CGUCGCUCAUUACUCGUAUCGGCACUCGUCGUAUUAGUAUCAUGGCACCCAAAGCAUCAGGAUCGAAAGGAGCUAAGAAGGCCGCCACCAAGGCAAAGGCCAACCGUGGGACUGACAAGAAAAGGAGGAGGAAGAGGAGGGAAUCCUACAGCAUCUACAUCUACAAAGUGUUGAAACAGGUGCACCCCGACACCGGUGUGUCCAGCAAGGCCAUGUCCAUCAUGAACAGCUUUGUCAACGACAUCUUUGAGAGAAUCGCCGCUGAGGCUUCCCGUCUCGCUCACUACAACAAGAGGUCCACCAUCACCAGUCGGGAGAUCCAGACCGCUGUCCGUCUCCUUCUGCCCGGUGAAUUGGCCAAGCACGCUGUCAGUGAGGGAACCAAAGCUGUCACCAAGUACACCAGCUCCAAGUAAACUCCUGAAAAAGUUUACUACAAACACAA